AUGCCUCGAUCAGAGGUCGCGUGCGCGACAAGGCCGCCUGUUAUAGUCACGAGAGAACCUAUAUCUAUCGGUCGUAGCAGUAGCUCUCAUUCACUCGUUAGCGAGGAUGCGUCUUCGUUUCCCCAAUCGCUCUCUCCGCGAGGACACGCGGCAGGCGCGCACGGCCGCCUGUUCUCGUGCGCAACCGAAGUGCGCGGACACGCGGAGGGCUUGCGCGGGCACGCUGCUGGCGAUUCGCGGCAGCCUAGCGGACACGAUAGUGCAAGCUUCGAUAGCACUAACAGAGAUAGAGCUUCUAGUAUCGGUGCCGGUAGUAGCGCUGGCCAAUCACGCGCGUCUGAUUCAUCCGCUCGCCCAUCCGAAGCUCCCUCACGCGCAAACGAAGCUUCCUCCUCGCGCUCCCCGUCGGCUCUAGCCCAGCGUCGAGCUCGACCGCCGCGACUCCAGCUCCCCGCUCCUCCCGGCAGCAGCGCAAUCAGCGGCAGUGGGAGCACCAGCGGGAGCGCCAGCAGCCGCGGAAACGUCAAUGGCGGCGGGGACGGCAGCGGGAGCACCAGCAGCAACGGAAGCCGCGUCUCGUCGUCCUCCGCGCCGGCAUCUGCGCGGUUUUCCCCCGCGGGGCGGUGCGCUGCCUCCCCUCGCUCCGCCGUUCCCUGGUCCCCGACGAGCUCCCCGUGUUCCGCACCCCCGACUCUUUCCCGCGCCGUGCGCUCCCCCGCCGCUUCCGCCUUCCCCUGCUCCCCCGCUAAACCUGCCGACCCGUUCGGGCUUGCGAGUCCGCAAAGCACGCCGAGCGAAACGCCUCGGGAAAUCGUCGCACCGUCGCCAAGGGCCCGGGGAAGCGCUUCGCGGGGAUCCCGCGGAGGGGCCACGGAGCCCCGCGGAAUGCCUCCGCCUGUGCGCGCACACCGAUCCGGCGAGUCGGCGGGGGAAGCGGUGGUGGCUAAGGUGACCGCGCUUCGAUUGGAUGACGUGGCGGAGGUUUAUUCGUCGGAUGAAGAAUUUCUGGACAUGUUUUGCGAACGCGACUCGGACAUUCGCGACGACUUUCGCGUAAAAGGAGUGCGCGACCACACUGGCGGCUCGCACGGCGUCGCAGGGCAACACUCGUCAACGGCGGUAGCAAGCCCCUCUGUGACUGGUGCGACUGGUGCGACUGUGUCCAGAUCUCCGUCGCUGUCGCAGUUGUCGCAGCGCUUCGUCAUACCGCAUUCGCACACCGUGCCGCUUCCGCCGCCGUCUCCUGCGGGCGCGCGGAGGGCGCUGCGGAAGGCCUUUAGCCACAACGACGAGAAGAACGUCCGCGCGAUCGGCGGAAGCGGUAGGCGCAACUCCCGCUUGGCGCAGGCGAAGGCGGGUGGCGCACCUCCCGUUCAGGCAGGCGGGUUUCACUGCUACGCGGUAGAGGAGUCCCCGCACACCCCCGCGCGUAGCCGUGGGGAAGGGUCUGCGGAAGAUUUCGCGGAAGGGCCCGCGGAAUGUUUUGCGGAAGGCUCCUCGCACAGAGGCGUGGGGGUUGAUCGCAACGAUGCCGGCGAGGAUAUCGCGACUUCGCGUGGCGGAGCGUGGAGUAAUUCUGACCGUUGGAUCGACGAUGCGGACAAUUGGAUGCCGCCCACGCCGAGACGGCAGCAGCAGCAGACGCAGACGCAACAGCAUCAGCAGCGGCAGCGGCGGGAUCUUCAAAAGCAGGGGUCGAUUUCGGGAAGUCGAGGCGCCUUAGGAUCCGGAAGCCGCGCCGCGGAUAGUGCCCAUCCCGUGCCGGCCGAUGCGGUAACCGGCGCAGCGGCGCAGAUCAACUCCGUGAUGGCGCAAACUCACCCCGCGGCGCGUUUCUCGCCACGCUCAGUUCGCGGAACGGCCGGGGUUCUAAGCGGACGAUCGCGCAGCUCCUCGGAUCUGCAGUGCGCCGCUAAUGCCACCCCGCUUCUCCCGCCGUUUCCCGCUUCCCCGUCCGCCGGUUCCCCUUCCGCCGCUUCCCCGUACCCUGCAUUUCCACCCUCUCUUUCCGCGCCCUCUGCCCGCCCCACGCUCGCUCUCGUCUCCCCCUCUUCCUCCUCUUCCGCCGGCCCCUCCCCUUCUUCCGCUUCCCCCUCCCCGUCGUUCCCCGCCUUCCCGCGGCCCUCCGCGCUCGCAUGUCGUACUUCUCGAACCGCGGCCGCUCGAACCGCGGCGCUUGCUCCUAGUUCCCCUCGCUGUUAUCCCACAUCGCCACGACUAGAAGGUACGGACUCGGAAGGGGUAGAAAGGGGGAAGGAGGAGGAGGGGAAGGAGGAGGGGGAGGAGGGGGAGGAGGGGGAGGAGGGGGAAGAGGAGAGGGAGAGGGAGGGCUUGACACCCCAGCGGCUCGAGAUAGCUGAUGUUACACAUGCUCGACGCUUCGAGUAUGAGGACGAGGAGGAGUAUGAGGAGGGUGGGAGAGAUGCGGAGGUUAGUGAGGAGAUGUUUCGGCAUUCUGGAAUAGCAGGCGUGGAGGGGUGGAGUGGGAGAGAGGAGGUGCUGCCGGUAGUAGCACGGGGCCUGGAGCAGAGGCGAGAGGCUAGUUAUGGAGACACAUGCAGAAGGGCGGGAUUUACUGGCUUUCGGAAACCCGAUCCGGAUGAUUAUAUAGAGGAUGAGAACGAUGAGUUGGAUUUCGGACUUCCUAUUAAAAGUCGGAGCAUGACCGUGCGGUCUGCCAGUAGAUACUCUGCGGUGGACCUGGAAGCCGAAGCUGCUGGUCCGGUUCGGCAGGUGGUGAAGCUCGGGUUCCUGCUGCCGUAUCCCAAAGCCGACCACGUCAUUCCCCUGCGCCUCGCUGACGAAUGGAUCGCAGCGUCACGAGUUGCUCUGGAGGUGCUAGGACCCAAAUACUCUGACGCAUUUGAUGUGGUGCCGCACAUUGCCAACUCCAACUGCGACCGGCAGGAGGCCAAGGAGGCUGCGCAGGAGGCCAAGGAGGCUGCGCAGGUGAGGCAGGAGGAGGGUGGGCAGGGACUUAUGCCAUGCUCGGAGUCUCCCUUCUCAGUGCUCGAACGCCUUUCUUAUGGUGCCGCACAUUGCCAACUCCAACUGCGACCGACAGGAGGCCAAGGAGGCUGCGCAACUCCUGCUAAGGGACAGGUUGGUGGGAGUGGUGGGCCCAGCGUGCACAGAGGCAGCGCUGGGAGCAGCAGACGUGCUUGUACCUGCUGGAGUGCCGAUUGUCUCAUUCGCUGCCACGUGGGAUGGGUUCAGAGACAGAGAGAGAUUUGGCUCAUUCUUCCGCACUGUUAUUUCGCGCGCAGUGACAACCUCACAGUCCACAGCAUUCCUGUCCCAGUGCCCUGCCUCAACUACUCCUCUCUCUUCCUCAACCUCUCCGAUCCAAGCCCCUCCAAGCCACUCAUUCAAGCCGAUGACUCCACGGUUGUAGUCCUCGCCGUCUCGCCCAACGCAGCUGAAGGCAUUUGGAGGGCGGCUCUAGACCUGGGUCGGUUGGAAUAUCCUUGGUGGUAUUUCGGGACGGAUGGAGCAGUGGCAUUCGACCUUGUGGGGGAAGGCCAGAACCUGACAGCCUUAGCGUCAGCACUGCAAGGGGAGAUGGGGAUCGCCCCUUACAAGGGAGACUACUCGGACUCGUCCCCUAUAUGGGAAUACAUAAUGCAUUGGCAGUCCAAGCGGCAUGACAUCUACCCGGGUCUGCUCACUCUCGAUGUCGGGCCCUCCCUCCCCCGCUUCAACACCACCCGCCAAUACGUGCCGUACCUGUUUGAUGCUGUUCACGCCUUCUUCGAAGCUUUCAGCAGCAUUAUUGCCAGCCAGAAUGCAGCACCCACUAAGGAGUUUGUGCUGGCGUGCUUUAAAGGCGUGCCGCGUGGAUGCGUCAACUUCACGGGAACCACAGGGCAGGUAUCCUUCAACCCAGCUACAGGCGAGCGCUUGAAAUCUGUGGCCCCACCGAUCUACAGCAUUGUAAAUCUGGAGGGCGUGACGUGGCAGCAGAAGGCCCGCUGGGAGGAGCGGCACGUGGAGCGGUUCACUCUCGACCUCUCCCAGAUCUCCCGCCCGGGUCCUCUGCCCGGUGCUGCUGGUGCUGGUGCUGGUGCUGGUGGUGGCAGUGGUGGUGGGACCAGUGGUGGUGCUGGCAAUGGCAGUGCAGCAGGGGUGAAAGAGGCAGGUGACUACUCAGCUCCUGCUGCGUUUGAUGCCUUGAAUCAGGUCAGUGGGGAGAUCGGGGACUUUGGGUUCAAGGGAGGAGAGGUGGGGGGAGAGGAGUAUGUGAGGAGGUACAAUGGAGAUGGGGAGUGGAUAGGUGGGGGGAGUUGGGCCGGGGGAUUUGGGUUAGGGAGUGGGUUCAGAAGUGGGUUUGGCUUUGGGGGUGGGGGUGGGGGGAUUGGUGGGGAUGAGGAGUUGGUUCUGGGUGAAGGGAAGGGGGAUGGAAGUGGGAGGAAGGGAGAUGGAGGGGAAGGAAUGGUAGAUGCUAGCAUGGACGAUGUGGAUACUGCUGCUGCUGACGAGGGUCAUCAUAAGCAAGUGUGGGUGCAUAUGCUAUAG